UUAUAUUUUAAGGCUUUUGUAGUAGUCUUCUUCCAUAAUCCAUUUCCAUCUAGCUUUGGUGGCCGUACAAUCCACGAGAUCAACGAGAACGACACACAAGGAAGGAAAGGACAAAGGACUCGACUCCUUCUGCUAUGAUGCCAUGAAAUGACGACGAAGAUGAAGAGAGAGAGUGUGUGAACUACACGCGCAAUCAGAGAAUCCUCCCUUUUUCUCUUCUUCCUCGAUCCACAACUAUGAGCCCUAGCCAAUUAUCAUAGAUGUUUUCAUCUCUUUCCUUCUCUUAGAUUCAUCGCUGUUUGCUACCCCUCUCAAUUCCCGAUGGAGCCUCGCUCGAAAAUGGCGGGACCCUCGCGACUUCUGGAUCGGGACCAAGUUUCGUCCUCGCCCUCCCACAAUUCCCGCCAUGGCGGAAGAAAUGUUUUUAACUUGAUAGCACGGAGAGAAAUUUCUCCAAGAACAAAGCAUAUUCCUAGAAGGAAUUGGGGAGAAGCUUCCAGAAGGAAAGUGGGCUCAUCCUCUGGGUCGCAUAGCGAAACAGCAAGAGAUUCUAAGCGUGGUCUCCUCUCAUGGGUUGAAGCGGAAUCACUUCGGCAUUUAUCGGCCAAAUAUUGCCCUUUAGUGCCUCCACCGAGGUCAACUAUUGCAGCAGCAUUUAGUCCAGAUGGAGGAUCUCUAGCUUCCACACAUGGUGACCACACUGUAAAGAUAGUUGAUUGCCAAACUGGUAGCUGCUUAAAAGUUCUAAGUGGUCAUAGAAGGACGCCAUGGGUGGUUAGGUUCCACCCAUUGUGUCCAGAAAUUCUUGCCAGUGGGAGUUUGGAUCACGAAGUUCGCUUAUGGGAUGCAAACACGUCAGAGUGCAUAGGAUCUUGCAACUUCUAUCGACCUAUUGCAUCCAUUGCUUUCCAUGCCAAAGGGGAUCUUCUUGCUGUUGCGUCCGGUCACAAGUUGUACAUAUGGAACUAUGACAAGAGGCUUCCCCCAAAUAUUGUACUGAAGACACGGCGUUCCCUUCGAGCUGUUCAUUUUCACCCACAUGCUGCUCCAUUUCUUUUAACAGCUGAGGUCAAUGAUCUUGACUCUUCAGAUUCACAAAUGACAAGAGCAACAUCUCUGGGUUACUUACGAUAUCCUCCCCCUGCUGUUUUUGUGGCAAAUUUUCAUUCUAGUGACCGUCUCAGUUUUGCUGCUGAAUUAGCACCGAUGUCCUUACCUUUCUUAUCAAUGCCAUCACUUGUUAUGGAUGACUCCAGAGGAGAACUACAGCAAAAUAUCCAGAAUAUUAGUUCAAAUAGCAUGCGGGGGGAGUCUUCUGCUUUAAAUCAGUUUCAAACAGAUGCAAAUACAGCAGAACAGUACGACAGUGUAGUGUCUCCUAUGGAGACUUUUCCCUUUGUUCCUCCUGGCUCUCACUUUGGGGUUGGAGAUAUUACAGAUAGUUCUUUUCCUAACAAUCAAACAUCAGAUGUCAUGGAGAGUGAUGAGACACUUUCACUUGGGAGAAGCCGUCGUGGAAGCUUUACUAACCUAGAUACAGUAACUGUUAGUGGUGGUAGACAGUCUGAACAUAACCAAAAUAAUCUAGGAUUCACUGAGCCUGCACAACUUCAUCCAAUUUUGCCUAGUGGAGACUAUGCUCAUUGGGAACUACCUUUUCUGCAAGGAUGGCUUAUGGGCCAAAGCCAAGCUGGCCUUCCCUCAAUAAUUUCUCCUAAUGGUGGUAAUCGUAAUUCAGCACAAUUGACGGGUUCUACUUCAACAUCUCAUCUGGCAACUCAUAAUGUGGAAACAAUGGUGGCUUCUUUGGCAAUGCCAGGCAGCAGCAGCCUAUCUGGGGUUUCAGGAAGAUCUACCAUGCAAAAUCGUUUUUCAAAUGUACGCUUCUCUGCACCUGAACCAGGUAAUGGUCCUUCCCCAGUUACCCUUCGCGAGGGUGGUGAUGCCGAACCCAUUAUUAAUAGAGUCCAGUCAGAACUUGCUACAUCAUUAGCUGCUGCAGCAGCUGCAGAGUUACCAUGCACUGUAAAGCUAAGAGUUUGGGAGCAUGAUAUAUUAAAUCCUUAUUCCACACUAAGUUCUGAAAAGUGCCGCUUAAGCAUACCCCAUGCAGUUCUCUGCAGUGAAAUGGGUGCUCAUUUUUCUCCUUGUGGGAGAUUUUUAGCUGCCUGUGUUGCAUGCAUGCUUCCUCACAUGGAAGCUGAUCCUGGAUUGCAAACUGUAGUUCAGCAAGAUUCGGGGGCUGCAACUUCUCCAACUCGUCACCCAAUCUCAGCUCACCAAGUUAUGUAUGAACUUCGGAUAUAUUCGCUCGAGGAGAAAACUUUUGGUUCUGUGCUUGUAUCGCGGGCAAUCAGGGCUGCUCAUUGUUUGACUUCAAUUCAGUUCUCACCAACUUCUGAACACAUACUACUUGCCUAUGGCCGACGUCAUGGUUCUCUUCUUAAAAGUAUAGUCAUUGAUGGGGAAACAACAUUACCUAUAUAUACUGUUCUGGAGGUUUACAGAGUUGCAGACAUGGAACUAGUGAGAGUGCUUCCUAGUGCAGAGGACGAGGUUAAUGUUGCUUGCUUUCAUCCCUUUGCUGGAGGAGGUCUAGUAUAUGGAACCAAGGAAGGGAAGCUUAGGGUCCUCCAGUACAACGGUCCGUAUGGCGAACAACAUUGCACCAGACCAAAUUAGUCCCCUGAGAAAGAUGGGGCUAUUGUAGUAUAUAAUGACUAAAAGGUUCAAAAUCAAAUUUCAAUAUUGAUCUGACUUAACAUGAGAUGUAUAACCGGAGCCAAAUGGAACUACACUGAUUGGACCCAAUCUGCAAAAUUGAUGUAACACUUUGUACAUUAUUAUUAUUAUUAUCUUCUCUUGUAGCUGUAACACUAGUUUGCUGUUUUUGUUUUUAUUAGCUUUUAACUUGUAAUGGAAACUAAUUUAUGUUUCGUUAUAAAAAAUUUAAAUGUUUCUUUAAUCAAA